UCAUAAAUUGCAAAAAACUCUUUUGGCUAAUUUUUUAUAAACAAUAUUCAAGUGAUAAAUUAACUAUCUAGUAUUUUGAAAAUGUCUAUAAUCAGGCCAUUGACAUGUGAUGAUUUAUUUAAAUUCAACAAUGUGAAUUUAGAUCCAUUGACUGAGACUUAUGGACUUCCAUUUUACAUGCUUUAUUUAGCACGUUGGCCAGAAUAUGUUCAACUUGCUGAAUCACCAAGUGGUGAAAUAAUGGGCUACAUAAUGGGAAAAGCUGAAGGUCGUGACGAAAAUUGGCAUGGUCAUGUAACAGCCCUUACAGUAUCACCAGAUUACAGAAGACUUGGUCUUGCUGCAAGAUUAAUGAAAUACCUUGAAGAUAUUUCUGAAAAAAAAGAAGCAUAUUUUGUUGAUUUAUUUGUACGUGUUAGUAAUAAAGUUGCUAUUCAAAUGUAUCAAGAAUUAGGAUAUAUUGUUUAUCGAACUGUGCUUGAGUAUUACUCUGGAAAUCCUGAUGAAGAUGCAUAUGAUAUGAGAAAAGCAUUGUCAAGAGAUGUUCAUCGACAAUCAGUUAUACCCUUGCCUUAUCCUGUUCGUCCUGAAGAUGUUGAAUGACAUUUUAACGAUGAAUAAAUUUAUCUUAAAUAAAAUAAAUAAAUAAAAAAUUUUAUAUUAUUAAUUAUUUAUUAAAAAUCAAACUAAUUAUUAUUUAUAAUUAAAAAAUUAAACAUACGAUUAAUUCAAAAAUAAAUUAACAAGACAAAAUAAGCAUUAUUUAUUUAAAAAAAAAAAUAAAGUUUAUUGUUUUUAAUUUUAAUGAAAUAUUUAUAAAUUUUUUAGAAAAAAAAUUAUC